UUCCUUAAUUGAAAUCCCUACUCAAUAACACCUUUUGCUACCAAUACCGAGAGAAACACCCCUUAAGGGUUACAAUGGUGGCACUAGAUGUUACAAUGGUGGCAGCGUAAACGAACCUAUCUUCCGAAACCUUGUAAAUUUUUAAAGAAUUCCGGCAGAAAAAAGAAAAAACUACGCCCAAAAUUCAGUUUUAUUCGCAGUAAUCGUUCCAAGUGUUUAACCUACAUAUUAUGUACAAUUAGUAGAACUUCGCAAUAACGUAAGAAGUGCAAGUGCAGCGCAUUCCAAGUUCAAUAAGUCAGGAACGCACUUACAUUUUCGCAAUUAUUGGCAAAAUUUUUAAUUAAUAUCUUUUAGGUGGGUUAAAUCAACCACGUUAUUAACCCUAACCGCGUGUAUAAUUUCACAAAAGGUGGAAAAACUAUAAUAAUAAGAUUUUAUCACAACUAAAAAAUAAAAGAAAAAUGUCCAAGACAAACAUAUACCCAGAUUUGAAAGCCGAUGAAAGCGCAUCAUCAACCCCAAAUCCAGUUUUGACCCCGUUCACGUCAACCGGGUUAAUUGCAACCACUGUCGAAAGUUUCGAUGGGAGGAAUGUUAAGGAGUAUUUUCGUAAACUCGAGAUAAGGGCAAGACUUGACAACUGGACGCAGGAAACGACGUUAGACAUCCUAAUUUAUAGACUUUCAGGCGACGCCUACAAAUUUUUCUGGGCGGAUGAUAAAUUAAAAGACCAAACAUACGACGAACUCAAACAAACUUUCAUUAAAAAAUUUUCACCGACAAAAAUCCCGGGUGAGGCGUUAAUUAGACUAUCCAAAAGUUACCAGAGAUUCGACGAGAAAAUUUCGACAUACGUAACGCGUUUAAAAAGUAUAGGGCACGAAAUUUUGACUGACGAUCUUAAACUAGCGACUUCAGAGACACAAAAAGACGUUUUUAGACAAAAAGCAAAUGAAUUAGUCCUCAAUCAAUUCAGGAUAGGUAUCCACAAACAGUUUCAAAAUGAAUUAUUACCAACCCUUAUGCGCACGGAAAACCUCACUUUAGAAAAAGCAGAAGAGUUAGCUAACCACGUCGAAUUAACCCAUUCAAUUUGUCAAAACAGGUCAAAUAAUUGUCACUUCAUCAACCAACAAUUUUGCCAAGUCUGUAAGAAAAAUAAUCACUCGUCUCAGAAUUGCAGAUUCAAAACAUAUUCAAAUAAUAAUAAUGAUUUUAGCCCAAUUAAUAGACGUCCCAAUAACCCAACUAACGCUCCUACACAAAAAUAUAAUAAUAAUGAUUUUCACCCAAAUAACAAAAGUUCACACAAUUAUAAUUCAAACAAUCCCCAAAGACAAAAUUACAAUUCUAAUAAUUUCAACCCCAAAAAUACACAAUUUAACCAACGCCAAAAUAACUACAACCCCCAACAAUUCUACCAGCGCCCAAGCAAUUAUAAUUCCAAUAGAGGAGGAUAUUCAGGAUACAGAUCCAAUAAUUUUAAUCAAAGUUUUAAGCGACCACAAGCGGAACCGAAUAAUAAUUUUAACCAAAAUCGAAGUAACCAACACACUAAUAAUAAUAAUUUUCAGCAAUAUAAAUAUAAUAAUAAUCGGCAACGGGCAACCAAUUCUUCAAAUUCAUAUAAUCAAAAUUUAAACUAAUUUCGGUGCUGGAUCAAGUCUCAG